AUCAAUAUGACAAUAUACAACAAUUAGAAAUAAAAUAUGUUCAAUAGAGAACUACCAUUUCCAAACAUUUUAAACACACUGUAAAAUAAUAUGAUUUUUUAUGUAGAAUGUAGAUUAAUCGGUGUUAAUAUAGCUGAUAAGUAUCAAUGGAGUUUACUCCGUAUGAAAUAAAUAAAUAAAUAAUAAAUUGUAGGUACUAUGUAUUAUCACUAUGUUAUUGUCGUAAGCCUUUGUUCGGUGGUACCUAUUUGCUUUAGUUUAUUUUUUGAUCUUUAAUUGAACGAGUGCAUCUUUAACAUUUCACAAUCUCUCAAAAAACCGAAACAAUACACGAGAAAUUUAGAAAAAAACAUGUCCAGUUUCGCGACAUUGUUGUUUGCGUUUUAUGCGUGUUACUCAAUCAUCCAGUGGUCGCCGGCGGGUGCUGCAAACAUCCUGGCGGUUCAGACGGUUUCGGGCAAGAGCCACUGGAACGUGAUGAGAGCGGUGCUGCAGGCGUUGACUGACCACGGUCACAACUUGACCGUGUUCACGCCAUUCACGGAAGGUCACCGGGACGGUUACACGGAGGUGGACGUGUCUGAGCUAAUGGUACCGAUACUCGGUGUGAACGCGACAUUCAUAAUCCAAAAUUUCGGCUCCAUGCGGAAGAUGAUGCCGAAAAUGAUGAGCUACACCCGAGCGAGUUGUGACAUAAUUUACGGACAUCCACGGAUGGUGGAAAUCUUGGACGGGGCGGCGACGUCGAAAUUCGAUUUGGUCAUCACCGAACCUAUGGGGUCCGAGUGCGUGGCGUACGUGGCCACCGUGCUCAGCGUGCCCAUGGUGUACGUCGUCCCACUUCCAGUGGUCACGUACCUGGAACGUUCGUUGACCGGACACAUCCCGAACCCGGCGGUCUCGGGGCACGCGAUGUCUCACCUCGGCACACUCAAAACUUUCGCCGAACGUUUCUCUAAUGUGGCAUUGACGGUGUACUGUUCGACGCUGAAGUGGUACGCCGAGUUGCGGGACCGACAGGCUGACCCGCGACCGUACGAUGCCGUGGACCUGGCCCGACCGUCUAUGAUUUUUAUCAACUCGCAUUUCACCAUCGAACCGGCUCGGCCACUGACGCCAAACGUUGUCCAAAUCGGCGGCAUUCACCUGACUCCGCCCAACCCUAUACCUAAGGACAUUUUAGAAUUCAUUGAUGACGCGCCUCAUGGGGUGAUUUUCUUAUCGUUUGGUUCUAUGAUUUUGAUGUCAUCGUUACCGGAAACUGUUCAGCUCGCGUUCUAUUCUGCGCUAGCUCGAGUUCCGCAGAAGGUGUUGUGGAAAUACGAAGGCGAAAUGAAAGACAAACCGAAUAAUGUGAUGACCCGGAAGUGGUUUCCGCAGCGUGACAUCCUUUUGCAUCCUAAUGUCAAACUAUUCAUAAGUCAUGGAGGCAUAUCCGGAGUGUACGAAUCUUUGGACGCUGGUGUACCUGUACUCGGUUUUCCCUUUUACAACGACCAACCUAGAAAUAUUGACAAUUUGGUCAACGCUGGGAUGGCGAUUGGUAUGGACCUGUUAUCUGUUACAGAAGAUACGCUGUUAACCGCUAUUUUGGAGACUGUUAACAACGAUAGGUACCAGAAAAACGCAAAAAUCACUUCCGAACGGUUCAAAGACCGACCCAUGUCAACUGCAGAAUCUGUGGUUUACUGGACGGAGUACGUUAUACGUCAUAAAGGAGCACCACAUUUAAAAUCUCACGCUCUUAAUCUGACGUGGUAUCAAUAUUUUUUGGUUGAUGUAAUAAGUACAUUUUUAUUUAUUGCGUUUGUUGUUUUGUUCAUAAUUUCCUAUAGUCUAAAAAUCAUUUUUAAACAAAUUUAUACAUUUUUUCAUAGUAUCAAAGAAAAACGAGAAUAAAAUAAAAUAACACAAACAUUACAUAAUUUAUUUGUUCCAAUUUAUGUGUGAUGUAGGUAUGAUGUUACAUUAUAAACUUUAUAUUCUUCGUGGC